AAAAAGUAGUUACUCCCGAUCGCGGCUCGCAACUGACAUUUGGCCGGUCGUCUAUUUUCCCGAGCCACAAUCACAAUCGCAGCCAAUCAUAGAACACCGUUACAGUUACACGACAAACGUCACAAUGUUUGAAUGAUACUAGCAUCACGACAAAUUCGUUACUUAUUUGUCGUAUUGUCUGCAUAAUGACGUCGAAAAACGAUUUCAAGGAAAUAGAUUACUGUUUAAUAGGUCUCGUAGAGCCUAAAACGGUUCUGUAGAAUUGCACGAGUGAUAUAUACAAAAGAACUGAUUUGAAGACUGCAUGAAACCAAAUAGCCAAAAAAUUAUGUCCAAAUUUUACAGGUUUCACGGUGUCAAACCGCUUUAAACAUAUAAAGGAUAUAUUUUUAUGAAAUAUGAGAAAUAUGAAAAAAUCAAAACGUAAUAGAUGUAGGUCAGAAAGAAUAUAAGCCGAAGUGGCACAUAUUUGAUAUACUAAUGUUCUUGAAGGAAGCUUGUGUCCAGGGAAAUUCUGUAUCCAAUAUUCCCUCUCUAACAUUAGAGGAAGUUGCAACUUCAUAUUCUGAUGUAUCGAUGAAAGAUGAUUAUACACCGAAUUUAAUAAAUAUAGAUAUUUGUUAUGAUGAAACAUCACAGAAAUUUAAGUUAGUGUCAGAGACAGUGGACGUGCAAAUGAAGACUGACUUUAUAAGUCAACAAUCUCUUAACUCACAUAGCGAUUAUGAAAUACAAUUGGUUGGACCUCUCUCCAGAUCAAAAUCUACUUCUGUAUCCUGUAGCAUAACCACUCAAGUUUCUGAUGAAGUAAAAAAUCUUGUUACUAAAAGAAAGGAAGCAGCAGAAGACAUUUUGUUUUCUCACACUCUUGCAUUAUUUGUAGAAAUCAAGCUUCGUUCAUUACCUCCAGAGAUCCUCUAAAAAGAGUAUGAAAACGACAUUUUGAAACUGUUAAUGAAGUAUUAACUAGUCUUGUAUCGAAUUAAAAUUGUUUUUUUAUUGCAUUGU